UUGGUAACUUCAGAACAUUAAACUAAUUCAAAUGAAGACAUGAGAGUCCGAAAUGGAUGUCGAAUUUGAGCUUACUUUAAGUGACGUGAUCACAUGUCACGUGAUAGCAUAGUGAAAUAUGUAAUUCACAUAUUUAUACAUAUAACAAUAUUGGAUUACUUAAAUGACCAAGAAUGCUUAAUCAACCAAUCUAUAUAUACAUAAGAUUUAUACACAAGAUGCUCUCCAGUAUCAUUAUCUACUCUCACCUCUCUUUUACACUUAAUGUAUCUGAAGAAACUUUUGGUAUCCACUUUAAUAUUACUUGCUAGCUUACUUUCAUAUUCCAUCUUAACCUCCUUACUGACUAUUUUAGUUGGCUUCUGUUGGCUUCUAAAAGAUUCCUAAUCCUCUAACUUCCCAACAAUCUUUGCUCUAUUAUAUGUCCCCUCUUUGGCUUUUAUGUUGGCUUCGACUUCUCUUGCUAGACAUGGUUGAGUCAUCUUUCCUUUAGAAUACCUUUUUCUUGUUGGGGUGUAUAUAUCCUGAGGCAUUUGAAUAGUUUCCAGAAAUCCCAGCCAUUGUUGUUCUGCCAUCAUCCCUGCCAGUGUUCUUUUUCCAUCAAUUCUGGCCAGCUCCUCGCUCAUGCCUCUUUACUCCACUGUUAUGACCACUUUCUCACAAGGAUUCUUUUACCUUAAGCUCACCAAUCAAUUCUGGUUCAACGCACAACACCCAGUCCAAAAUAGUUGAUACUCUAGUGAGAUCACCCACGAGCUGCUCUAAAAAAGUCAUCUCAUGGGCUCUCUAGAAAUCCCCCUUCAUGUAACACAGCAAAAAACCUGAUUUUCCAAGUUUACCUGCAUAUUGGUCCCACAGGACUAUUGUAACAUUGCCCUUUUUGUAUGCAUUUUUUAAUCUCCCAUUGUAAUUUGAACGCCACGCAUUUACUAUUGUUUGGGGGUCUGUAUACAACUCCCAUCAGGGUCCUUUUACCCUGGCAGUUCCUUAGCUCUAUCCACAAAGAUUCAACACCUUCCAACUCUAUGUCACCUCUUUCCAAUGAUUUGAUUUCAUUUUUUUACCAACAGAGUAAAGCCAACCCCCUCUGCCUUCCUGCCUGUCCUUUUGAUAAAAUGUGUACCCUUGGACAUUAAGUACCCAGCUAUAAUCUUUCAGCCAUGAUACAAUAUCAUACCUGCCAAUCUGCAACUAUACUAAAAGUUCACGUACCUUAUUCCAUAUACUGCAUGCAUCCUUUUGAUUCCUAACUGUCUGAGAUCUUACCAACAUCUACCUCCACAACCUCUCCACAACAGUUCCGGGACUGAUUCCCAUUCUCCUACAACUCCAGUUUAAACCCCAUCAUUACCAACUCUUCCCACUAGGAUAUUAGACCCCUGCUGUUCAUGUGCCAACCUUCUCUUUUCUAGAUCCUAACUUCCCUGGAAGAAAGCCCAAAGAUCCAAAAAUCUUAUUCCCUCCCUCCUACACAACUCCUCAGCCCCAUAUAAUCCGCAGAAAGGUCGGCCGAAAGGAAAACUUGUGCUGGAUCAACGGCUUGCGCAGUCAGGGAGUAUUAAAGGACGGACGGCUCAGACUGGUGUCACUGUGUUUGUGAGACCGGUUAUAUUGCUAGAUUUUUCAGCCCUUGCUAUGGGAAAUGAAUUAUUUCCCGGUCAUAGGAUGCACUCGUUUCCCAGUUCGGUCCUGAAGUAGGAAUUAACCGCAAAAUUUUAGUUGGUUGCAUUAUUUCUGUCGAAAAGCAGCGAACAUGUCGACAAUCGCAGUAGAAAACGAAGUCCGUGCAGCCGUGAAACUGGUUUAUAUGGAAAGUGCUGCCUUUAAAUCGGACCAAACUUCCUUUACAGCAAGUAAUCUGGCUUCGGGUACAGACAGAGAGCGGUCUGGGUUUCAGGGGUGACCAAUUUUAAUUGAAAUCGGAGAGGUUUUGAGGAGAGAGAAACACAGGGAGACGGAGCAGCCAGGGAGGGGACAUCAAAAUGUCUCCGCCCCGUCCGCUCGCUGCCUUUAAAUUGCUCCGCACCGCCGCCUCCUGCUUCUGAGAUUGAGAGGUUUGCGCAGAGUCGGCGACAUGACCGAGACCGCAGCCGCCGAAUCGGCUCCUUCAGCCGCGCCCGCUGCCACGACCAAGGCUCUAAAGACGAAGAAGGUGGCGACCCGCACCAAGCCAGCCGGCCCCAGGCUAGGCGGACAAAUCGAUAAGAUUGUGGCGGAUUGCCGCGAUCGCCGAGGGGUGUCCAUAAUCGCGAUAAAGAAGGAGUUGGCCGCCAACGGCGUCGAUGUGGAGAAGUUCAAUCGCCAGAUCAAGAUGGUCAUAAAGAGGAAAUUGGAAAGCGGCUCCCUGGUUCACACUAGGGGCGUGGGUGCCUCCGGCUCCUUCAGGGCCGCUAAAAAAGAGAGUGCCGCCAAAAAAGCGAAGAAGCCAGCGGCCAAAACAUCAGCCAAGAAAUCUGCGGCCAAGAAAACAGUGGCUAAAAAAUCUCCCACCAAAAAGCAAGGGGUGAAGAAACCAGCGCCUAAAAAAGCGGUAGCUAAGAAACCAGCGGCUAAAAAACCGGCCGCGAAGAAACCAGCGACCAAGAAGGCUGCGCAGAAGCCCAAGAGCCCCAAGAAGAUGACGGCCGCGAAGGCGGCCAAAAAGUCAAGUGCCAAGCCGAAGGCGAAAUCUAUGAAGACCAAGCAAAAAGCAGCUAAAAAGUAAAAAGACAAAAACGCAACUUCUAAUGACCUAAAACCAACGGCUCUUCUAAGAGCCACUCAUAUCUCCCAGGAAAGAGCUGACUCAAAUCGGGUGAUUCCUGUCCCCGAACUGGGCUCAGGUGUCGAUGCCAAAUCAGGUCCAUAAAAUCUGGGAUCCCCAGUACAUCUGACCUUAGUAUCAGAUCAAACAGCCAGGCUCCGUUCAAAGAUAAAAACACAAAAUGCUGUCUGGCCUGCUGAGUUCUGCCAGCAUUUCUGUGUUUUUAUUUCCAGCAUAUGCAGAUUCACUCGUGUUGCCUUCCGUUCAAAGAUAGUUUCUUUCUCAUAAAAUACCGGGUUAUCUUCUGCCAGCCGGCGACACUAGAGCGGUAUCCCCGCCUCACAGCCAGAAACGUUCCACAAUUAAACAGGUUACGGUGACUAAAAUUCUCGGAGAAGGGGAGAGUAGUGGGACCAGGAUAUCACUGUUUAGUAUGGGGGUGGGGGAGAGGGCUACUACGCAAGACCGAAAGAAGCUGCUAAAGGCUGUAAAUCUCGUCAGCUCCAUUUUGGGUGUCAGCCUACAAAGUACCCAGGCCAUCUUCAGGGAGCUGUGUCUCAGAAAGGUAGCGUCCAUUAUUAAAGACCUCCAGCACCCAGGGCAUGCCCUUUACUCACUGUUACCAUCAGGUAGGAGAAACAGAAGCCUGAAGACUCACGGUCAGCGAUUCAGGAACAGCUCCCCGCUGCCAACCGAUUCCUAAAUGGACAUUAAACUCUUGGACACUAUCUCACUUUUUUAAUAUAUAGUAUUUCUAUUUUUUGCAUUGUUUUAAUCUAUUCAAUAUAAGUUUACUGUAUAAAGUAUACUGAAUAAGAUUUACUUAAUUAUUAUUAGUAUUAUUUUUAUUUUCUUCUAGAUUAUGUAUGGCAUUGAAUUGCUGCCAAGUUGAACAAAGUUCACGUCACAUGCCGAUGCUAAUAAAUCUAAUUCUGAGGUCA